AUGUUUCAGUUCAUCAACCAUCACAUAGGUUCGCCAGUUCAACUGUUAGUAACUGUCGAGUGCCAAGAUGCAGCGGAAUGCUCUACUUCUGUUCUCCGAAUCACAAGUACUGAGGAAUGCUCUACUUCCAAAAGGAGGAAAGUUGAUUAUGUUGUCCUCCCACCUACUUCGCCUCAGCCAGAAGGCCCAGAACCCCAAGUCUCAAAACAAACCCUUCCAAAUGCGCGUCAACUUUUUAAAUGCAAGAAUUGCGAAAAAGUAUUUACCUCACAUCAAGCACUAGGCAGCCAUCGGUCUAGCCAUAAGAAAUUGCCAUUGCACAAGAAAAGGCCAAAAGUACAUGAAUGCUCAAUUUGUAAACGGAAAUUUCCAUCAGGCCAGGCACUUGGCGGGCAUAAACGCUUUCAUUGGAGGGCAUCAAGUUCCCCUGACACCACCAAUCAGGCAUUCAUGAGCGUUGUUGCCACUGAGCUGCAAGCAGGGAAUAGUAGCAGUGGAUUUAAUUGUAGAUAUCCCCACACGCUGAGGUUCAGAUUUUUAAUUUCUACUCUAGGCUUGAACAUGCCAGUACCAAUGAAUGAUUUUCCCGAAGUCAGGUUGUAUCUUGAUAUGCCCAACACUACAAUGUUUGUACAGCCAGGAAGAGAAAGCACAAGCGAGAAUGCGUCGAAUGUAAAUAUGAGGAGGUUGACAGUAGGGAGGUGA